UAUUGCAUCGCUAGCAAUUGGUACCUGUAUUCAUUUACUCGCUCCGGCGGUGUGGAUGUGGAUGUGGAUGUGCAAUGGUGAAGGUGAAUCAUGAUGUCAGACAUUCGCUCAACAGAGUCAAGUGCGUACGUCUACAAGACUUACAUGCCGGCAUGUACCUAGGUAUGUAGGUAGGUAUCUACCAGGUAAGUAUGUGCUUAGUAGGUAUGGGUGUUCUUUGGAGUGGCAGGUGAGGAGCUGAUGGGUGCCAGAGUUGGAUGCUUGACGUUAGGUUUUACGAAUUACUGCUACUAGUAGUAUGAUAUUGAUAUACCGCGGAGGUAUGCAGUGCACUACUAUGUACAUGUUUGAAAAAAAUUGACGUUGCAGGACCAGUCACUAAGGUAUCUACUAUUCAGUGUACUACCUAGGUAUGUGGGAUGCAGAGAGGAUUACUUUACAAUUGUGAAUCGUGGUUGUUGCUUGCCCUGGCAAAUUGUCAAAGAGUCGUCCGUUGCAAGGCCAAGUCUUUGUGAUGAAUGUCAACUACUUCACCUGUACUCUGGGCGAGGCAAUCCACUACCAGCAGGGAAAGGCAUACAGGACAAUCAACGAGUUCAUCGAAUUCAAGUCCGGGCAGACCCCCGACCUUCCCGCUAUUGGAUUCUUUGUCCCGGGACAAGCCAGUUCUGGUCAGCCGUGGAAGACGGAGAUUCUCAGCUUCAAGGACGUACAAAAUGGCUCUCGAGUCGCGGCGCAAGCCUUGUCCAGGACCAUCAAUGCGGAACCCGGACAGACAGUUGCUCUUCUCUGCCCAAGCUCUGCAAGCUUUCUUUUCACUUGGUUAGGCCUCAUUCGACUGGGACAUCCGGUUUUGCUUAUUGCGCCUCAGUGCUCGCCAACCGCAAUCGCGCACUUGUGUCAGGCGUGUAGGGUGUCUUAUCUCCUCUACGAUGUGAAGUAUGAAGACUUGGCGACGGCGACCGUAGGGACGUCACUGGGUCAGGGAUGUGGUUCUUUAUCCGCUUUGCUGCUUCCCUUUGACGCAGAGCAUAUCUUUGAUGCCAUCUCAGAGCCAUCCGACGGCUUUACGGAGGACUCCUCGAACGACUACAUCAAAGUGGAUGAAACGGAUAUUGCAUAUCUUCAUCAUACUUCGGGCACAUCAAGUGGUGUUCCCAAACCCAUUCCACAAACACACCAUGCGGCCAUCGGAGUUCUUCCGACUCUGGAUGGCAGUAAGCAGGCUACUUUCACAACUACUCCUUUAUAUCAUGGAGGAGUUGCAGACUUGUUUCGUUCCUGGACGAGCAACGCCCUAAUAUGGUUGUUUCCCGCCCAAGACAUGCCUAUCACGGCCGCAAAUGUGUGCAAGUGUCUUGAAGGAGCGGCCACUGCAGCCAUGAAACACCGAGCUCCUGAGGUCAAAUACUUCUCUUCAGUGCCAUACGUGCUCCAGAUGAUGGCAAAUGAUAAACAUGGUCUCAAAUACCUGCAAUCGAUGGACAUUGUGGGCGUAGGCGGUGCUGCGCUACCCACAGAAGUUGGCGACAGACUAGUCAACAAGAGUGUCAAUCUGGUUUCUCGCUUCGGCAGUGCCGAAUGUGGGUUUCUAAUGUCCUCCCAUCGAGAUUUCACAACGGACAAGGAAUGGCAAUAUCUCAGACCGAUGCCUGCAGCGAAAUUUUUCAAAUUCGAGCCUCGAGAAAGUGGUCUUCUUGAGUUGGUGGUUCUACCGGGCUGGCCACACAUGGCCAAUCGUAACCGUGAAGACGGGUCUUACGCCACUUCAGACCUCUUCGAACCCCAUCCAACCAUUCCCAAUGCAUGGCGUUACCAUUCCCGAGCAGAUUCCCAGUUGACGUUAAUUACCGGCAAGAAGUUCGAUCCAGCACCCUUGGAAGACGCUAUAUGUACUUCUUCUCCACUGAUCAGCGGCGCCCUCGUUUUCGGAACAGGUAAACCGUACCCUGGUGUCCUCCUUUUCCGAUCAUCAGCAGGCGCUUCGAUAUCCGACGAGACCCUCCUGGCAGAGAUGACUCCACUGAUCGAAAAGUUAAACAAUGAAAGUCAAGGUCACGCCCGCAUACCCAGGAAUAUGCUGAUACCGAUGCUUCAUACCGGAGACCAACAGCUCGAGAGAAGCAGCAAAGGCACAGUUCUCCGAAGCAAGGCUGACCAACGAUAUGCAGAACACAUUGAUGCUGCAUAUGAGAGCCUUCUUUGCACCAAGUCAUGCCAUGUGCCUGAUGCUGACGUUCCAAACGCGAUUCGUGAGAUCGUGGAAUCGGUCGUAGCGGGAAUAGGUCGCAACGACAACUCCGACAAUAAAUGUGCGACACUCAAAGACGAUACGGAUCUCUUCGCUUACGGAGUUGAUUCCGUGGCCAGCAUACAGAUCCGUCAGGCAUUGUCUCGACUCGUGCCAAACCUCAAGGGUGCAGCCCUACCAUUGACUAUUGUCGAAGACGCGGGGACGAUAUCGCGGCUCAGCGAACUGAUUGUGCGGUUACGAUCAAUAGGCCUUGAAGAUGGAGAUCAAAUGCAAAGCGCAAGAUCUACUCAGGAAACAAAUCGACAGCAACAUCAACUUAUGCAUGAUCUGGUCAAAGAAUACAGUAAGUUCGCCUCGGACAAUCCACGUCAUUUACCAUCGUCAUCAUCCGGGCAAAAGACAGGUAGCAACAACUUCUACCCUGAGCCUGAACGAGAUGGAAUCGUGGUCCUUGUGACAGGACCCACCGGAUCCCUAGGGAGCCACAUUCUCCACCAGCUACUCUCAGACCCAAGAGUAUCAAAGAUCCAUCUCCUCGUCCGUGGCGCCAGCAAACAUGCCUCAAGGGAACGAGUCACCAAAGCACUUGCUGCCCGCAAGCUCCCCAUCCCAGCCGACUUUGACUCCAAGACCGCAAUCUGGCCGUGCAAGCUGUCCGAAGCGGACCUUGGCUUAUCUGAAGCCACGUACUAUCAGCUAUCGCAUUGCAUCGAUGUGAUUAUCCAUCUAGCGUGGAGCGUGAACUUUUUGUUGCCGCUACGCAGCUUCAGCGGCACACAUCUCGCUGGGCUACGCAACCUGUUGAAUCUGGCUCUUGCAUGUUCGGACAGACCAGCUCCACCACGAUUCAUAUUCUGCUCGAGUGUGGCUUCGGUUUCGAACUAUUCUCAGUCUCGACACCAACAGCAGUCCCGAUCCAAUGAUAAUGAUGAUCGAGAUCAUCUUCGACACUCCAACAGCAUCGACGAAACCAGAGUUCCGGAGCGAUGUGUCCUGGACUCACCGUCCGUGGCCGGCCCCACAGGCUACGCCCGCUCCAAAUGGGUCGCUGAAGCCAUCUGUGCCGCUGCGCACGAUACGACACGGCUGAGAAAUAGGAUCUCCAUCGCCCGCGUCGGCCAGCUCUCUGGAGCAAGCGAUACGGGCGUAUGGAGUAUGUCCGAGGCGUAUCCGCUGAUGCUGGCGAGUGCAAAAGUCACGGGUGUCUUGCCUGAUUUGGAGAAUGAAAUUCUGAAUUGGUUGCCGGUGGAUAUUGCGGCGAGAGCGUUUGUCGAGGAUGCAUUGGAUAUCGGGGAAGAGGGACAAGAGGCCCCGAUACCUGAAGGUGAAUACAAAAGCGGAGUGCCUCCUCGACCGUCUUUGAAUGGCCAACAACACCUCAAUGACAGUGAUCAUAGAAAUGGAAAUGGGGACUGCCGCAACGCGCCCGAAUCAGAUGCAAGUGCUGGCGUCCCGGGUACAGACAAACAUGGGCCACGACCAGCAGCGGCAGUUGCAGCAGAAUCGGUUAUUGACAACAACCCCGAAUCCACUCCAGAUCGUGCCACUACUACUACCCAUUCCCGCCUGGAUAGUGACGCUGAUAUCGAUACUGAUAGUGACGAUCUUCAUCUCGGACCACCAGUCUACCACAUUCUAAACCCAGACCCAACCAUCCAAUGGACCGACUUGCUAUCGUGGAUCCAGCAGCACGAAUUUGAAUCACAGUGUCCCAGUCACCACCAAAAUGAAAUCUUCCACAAGCGGAGGUCGUCUGUCAGAGUAUCAGCAUCACGGGUCAAAGGUGCCUCAGUAUGCGGAACUCGAUCUGAAUGCAGCGAAAGCUGCCAAACACCACGACCACCAUCGAGAAAUGCUGGGCAAAGUCAACAGCAGCGAAAGCAACGAACGCGGAAAGAACAGCAAGAAGACGCAGACGCAUACGAGGAAAAGCCCAAGAGCAAGGAUGCAGCCGGGAACGAGAAAGAUCCAAACAAGCACGACGCCGAAAUCAUCUCCGUUCCAUUCAAAGUCGUCCCCGUCAACGAAUGGCUCACUCGUCUCGCCAGUCUCCAAAACCAGGAAGAAACAAAAGACCAUCCACAUCCUGCUUUGAAAUUGCUUGGGUUUUGGAAAGCCACUUACGGAGACCCUGAAUCUCGUUCCUUUGGGGACACAAUACCUCACAAAACCCAGAGUGAAACUGUACCACUAGAAACCGGAGAUCGAUACCCUGACCCAGACGCUGGCACCACAACAGGGACCAAAACAGUCAUGCGUUACGAAAUGACGCGAACGUACGCUCGAAUGCCAUCGUUGCUACUGAACAGCACCUGCAGCGGCACCAACGCCAACAGCAACAGCAAUGCCAGUCUAAGUUCGAACAUCGUCAAUGAAGCAUACAUCCUGAAACUGUGGGACUGGAUCAAGCGGGAACUCUGAUCUGAGAACAUAUAAACAACCUAUCUAUACCUCUUUCUCAAUAAAGACUGACUACUGCGUGCUCAGAGCUGAUAGGCUAUGAAAACCAAGAAACUAUACUCCUGACUAUCACCAUCACAUCACACACUUCAGACCCCCCCGGCAGUGCCGGUCCUGCUGCUGCACUUUUGAUAGACUGAUUGUUCCAUUUGUAUACACGACGACAAGAAAGAAAAAAAAGGUCUAUCUACCCUACUUACAGCGCGUACUGUAUUCUUCAGGGGGUACAAUGUCUGCCUUUUCAGCCACUCCAAUGGUCGUUGGUGCUUCCAUCUAGAAUAUGCAGACUGUCCGCGCAAGCCAGGGAUCCGAUCUCGCCCGCUAACCUCCUCACUAAUUCAAAGUGUACUGUACGUACAGCACUCUGGCGUGGUGGUAGUGGUGCGCAACAUAAACCCCAAGGGAAUCCUCAUUGGUGGUUGUCGCCAACUCGAACAGACCACCGUGUACAUCGUCCAGGGCCAGUCUAGCAGCAAAGCAAGCACCCUAAGUCCAUGCAUGUUCGCUCGUCCAGAUUGUCCAAGAACUUGGACUUCACGAUUAUCUCGCUCAGCGCACGCAGUGUCCAGGACCUGAACCCAGACAAAAACUCCAGCUCAAGGCAAAAGCGGUCCACGGCUUGGUCAUAACAUGCUGUUCGUCCGGUUGCUCAAAGACUCCUACCGGAUAAACAUGCCUUCGGCCUUGCCCCAGAAGCUGCGGGCCUUGUUAACAUGAUCCAGUCCAAGCAUCUCAUCCCCGUCUUGAAUGAGAUCAACGAUCACGUCGUUAUCGUCGAGGUAGUUCGGCUUCGCGUACAUUGCUCUAGGUACCAAGGCAAACUUGAUCUGUUGCAGCAGCUUUCCCUUGAUACCCGUCCUCUUGCUGAUGCGCUCUUUGGUCUCCUUGAGAGGCUCAUUGGGCUUGAGCAGGAACUUGAACGGUACGCCGUGUGGUUUGUUGGCUUCUUUGUCGAAGUGAUAACAGUAAAUGAAUCUGUCCUCGUCCGAAGCAUUGAUUUCCUCCUCGGGGAUCUUUUCGGCAUACAACGUGGUGAACUCAUUGAUGCCGACAACAUUGAAGUCCUCGAUCAAUUCUUUAUGGAUUUUACCCCCAUGAACUUCAAGGAUUCGUAUGUUGCGCGCUGAUUGUUCGUCCAGGUUGAGCUUCUUGGCAAUACCUUGAAUCAAGUCUCCAACAAUGCCGUUUUUGGCAACGAGUAUUUCGAGGGGCUCCUGCAUUUUAUUAGGUUCAAAGUGACACGGCGUGCAACUAUGGCACUGGCUCACCUCUUUGCUAAUGCCGUCGCUAAGCCAU